ACUUCUUUAAUUGUGGCCGUUUUGCUAGUGGGCCAUGUUGGUCGUCGUCAUUCCACUGUCGUCCGGAGCGCCGUCAGUUAAAUUUUGGCCCGGUCCGGUUGUUUCCAAUCCCAGAGGUUAACUGUGUGGGUGAGCAAGUGGUUGUACAGGGCUGAUAAAAUCGACUGAAGUAUGGGGAAGAGUUCAAGUUCUUCCUCUGAUUCAUCAGACUAUGAGUGGAAGCAUCUUCCUAAACAUCAGAAGAAGCAGAUGAAGAAAUGGAAGAAGAAGAUGAGGAAGGGGAAGAUCCCAUAUGGUUCUGCUCCACCAUUCAUCAUUCCUGGAUAUGCGGGACCGAACUUCGCAGAAGAGGAUUGCGAACCUUACCUACCUGGCAACAGUGGAAGUGAUAGCAGUGACAGUGAUGGAGAGCGUGAGGUGGCGGAGGGAAUUGAUGGGGAAGCAACAGAGGCUGGUGUUCAGUGUGACGAGAAGGGGUCUGAUGGUGAUGAUGAGGCAGAGUCGGAGACUAAACAUGAUGAAGAGGCGAAGGAAGAGCAGGAGGAAGUGAAAGAAGAACACUCAGGUGGAGAGGAAGAGAAGAAGGAGGAAGAGGAGGAAGAAGAUAAAAAGGAAGAGGAAGAAGAAGAGAAAAAGGAAGAGGAAGAAGAGAAAAAGGAAGAGGAGGAAGAAAAGAAAGAGGAAGAGGAGAAAGAGGAAGAGGAGAAAGAAGCUGAGGAUGUUGGUGUCAUUUUGGAUGGCAAUGCUGAAGAAUUCACGCCAACUGUUGUUGAUGCUGAUAGCUUCUCUGCAGAGAAGGAUGCAGAGGCUCUCAAACAGGCCAUGAGAGGUUCAGGUACAGAUGAGGUCAGUUUGAUCAACAUUGUGGGUCAGCGGUCAGGUCACCAGAGGCAUGAGACAGCUGUUACAUACAAAACCAUGUUUGGCAAGGACCUGCAAGAAGACCUGAAGUCUGAGUUGAGCGGAGACCUUAAGGAACUGAUGCUGGGACUCUUCAAGGAUCCAGCUUACUAUGAUGCUUGGUGUCUGAAGGAGGCCAUGGAGGGUCCAGGAACUAAAGAUCACAUCUUGAUAGAAAUUCUCUGUACUCGAACAAAUGACCAGAUAGCUGCCCUUGCAAGCAAUUACAAGGAGCACUUUGGAAGAGAACUUGAGCAGGAUAUCAUUGAGGACACUAGUGGUCAGUUUAAACGUCUGAUGGUGUCGUGUUGUCAGGUUGCCUGCAAUGAGUUGUCACCUGAGCAGCUGGAGACGGUGAGGUCCGAGGGCUGGGAGAGUGUUGUGGACUGGGAUCAAGCCAAGGAGGAUGCUCAAAGAUUGUUUGAUGCUGGGGAGGACAAAUGGGGGACGGACGAGUCUACGUUCCGUCAGAUAUUAGCCAUCCGCAACUACUACCAGCUGCGAGCUGUGUUUGUAGAAUAUGAGAAGAUAGCAGGAUGUGAUAUCUUGGAGUCCAUAGCAAGUGAAAUGUCUGGCAAUUUGGAAAGUGGUUUAAAAGCUCUAGUCAGAGCAGCUAGAAACAGGCCAGAAUAUUUUGCCGACAAACUUCACAAGGCGUUGAGUGGGCUGGGUACAAAAGAUACCACACUUAUCCGAAUCAUUGUGUCUAGAUCUGAGAUCGACUUGGCGGACAUUAAGGAGGUAUUCCAGGGGAAGUACGAGAAGUCCCUGUCAGCAGCGGUGGAGUCGGACACAUCCGGGGACUACAAGCAGCUUCUGCUUGCUAUACUGGGCUAAUAGUUUCCUAUAUCUCUCUGGUGAUGACCAUCUAGGUGGUGGGAUAUCCUUGUUUAGCCAGUUCAGAGACCCUAUCCACAAAGCAUUUGUAGCACUACGUCAUUCGUAGCGAGUGCGUGAAAUAGUAUAGAAUUACGGUAGGUCGUAACUUUACGAACGCUUUGUGGAUCAGGAACCAGGCCAGCCAUAAGUCUAUAGGAGCUCUGUGUACCUGGCCUUGUCUGGUCAUGUCACCUGUGUUUUCCUAUGUUAGACUUUGACAGGUCGACAUGACCUGUCUUUGUCUCUGAUUGCUCCAUAUUAUCUGCGUAUACCUACUUUAUUUCUUUAUCUAGUCAAUAUAUAUACUUUUUGUGUACCUGGUUUGGUCUGCUAGUAUUCCAUCUAUGCUAUGUGUAGUCAUUAUUAUACUACAAUAUAGUUCUAGAUCUGUAAGGAUUUUGUUGUUUCAAGAUGGGAAGGUGUUUGAGCUGAUGUCUUUCUGAAUGUUUGGCACCAUUGAAUGGAGUGAUGAUAUGAAGUUAGAUUUGUUAUAUUCUCGAGCAUAUUGGAAUCAAAUUCUUGUUUUGACAAAGAGGAAACAUGUUUUUCAUCAGUUUAUGCAACUUUAUGUACCUGUGAUAUAUAUAUAGUCUUGGCUGUACAAAGGUGUCACUUGGUUAGAAAUUUUAUGAAGAACCCUUUCCUGUGCCAACUGGAUGUGUACAAUGUUGGGAUAUUUAAUUGAAUGAUAUUUUGAAAUGUACAUUUGUGAUGUGUUACAAAA